AUGGGUGGUGGUGGAAUGAUGAAGAGGGAGCUGCUGCCAGUGAAGGUGGUGAUAAUCAACACACAGUACGUGGAAACCGAUGCAGUUAGCUUCAAAUCUGUAGUUCAAAGCCUCACCGGAAAAGACACUGCCGCCGCAGAGAAGCCGAAGUUGAAAUCAAGAAGUAGUUGCGCCUCGGCGUUUAAUUAUAAUAUUAAUAAUGCGAUUGAAAGGGUUCUGGAACGAGGACUAGGAGUGUCGUUCAAAUAUUUUGAUAGGAUGCUUAAGGAGUUGCCUUCGCUUGAUAUGAAUUUGUUAAGGUAUAUCUCAGGACCAUCUAGCACGUGGGCAGUGAUCCACUUUGCUCUCCCAGCUCCUUCUACCUCAACUACUUAA